UUUACCGCCUUAUAUCCAAAUUCGUGUUAUAUUGGGUGGCAUUAUAUCCAGGUAGCAAUGUAUUUUUACUAGCUUGAGAACCCUCUACACUGAGUUGACUUUGUGUCCCAAAAUGAGAUUAACCAGUGAAUUAUAACGUCAACCAAAAGCCAUCGUCAUCCAGUGGAAAAAUAAUUUCCUCUGAAUAUCCAGGUGCAGGAAUCCCUGUCGUAUUGCAAGGGUGACCGUAAUGGGUGUGUCUGAAAGUAACAGCCCUAGACAGGCUGAAAGAACUUCAAAGGCACUCAACAUCUUGUCAGCAAGAAUCUGAAUCUCCCCUUAGCGCCGUAGCCCUGAGUAUUGUGGUUAUUUUCUGCAGCUGAUUUGGGCAUUUGGACAGGCUGAGAUAUUGUCUACUCCACUGACUGGAAGGGACUGGAGACUGUCCAGACAGGAAGGAUAAAAUUAGGUUUACUCCUCUGUCUUGGCAUGGUCCCUCCAUCUUGCUCAGGAAGUGGAAGGGGGGGGUUCACAUGAUAGGCCCCCCCCAGGAGGAGAAAGAAAUGAGCUGAAAUGUCAGAAAACCAUAUGUCCUCCCUGGCUUUUGGCCAGGCAGUGAUUGGGCCACCUGGCUCGGGGAAGACCACUUACUGCUUUGGCAUGCAGGAAUUCAUGUCUAGGAUUGGGCGGAAGGUGGCUGUGGUGAAUUUGGACCCAGCCAAUGAAGGGACUCCCUAUCAGUGUGCUGUGGACAUCUCAGAGCUGAUCACCCUGGCUGAUGUGAUGGAUAAUCUGAAGCUGGGGCCCAAUGGUGGUUUGAUCUAUUGCAUGGAGUACCUGGAAACCAAUUUUGACUGGCUGCAGGAAAAGCUGGCUAAACUCAAGGGUCAUUACUUUUUGUUUGACUGCCCAGGGCAGGUAGAACUCUGCACCCACCAUGGCGCAUUGAAAAAUAUCUUUGCACAGUUAGCUAAGUGGAACUUCAGGUUGGCUGCAGUUCAUUUGGUGGAUUCUCACUACUGCACAGACCCUGGAAAGUUCAUUUCAGUUCUUUGCACCUCCCUCUCAACCAUGCUGCAUGUGGAAUUGCCCCAUGUCAACGUCCUCUCUAAGAUGGACCUGAUAGAACAGUAUGGCAAGUUGGCCUUCAACCUGGAUUAUUACACUGAGGUUCUGGAUCUCUCCUACCUAGUAGACCAUUUAGCCACCGAUCCAUUCUUCAAGAACUACCGUCGCCUUAAUGAGAAGUUGGUGGAGGUGAUUGAGGACUACAGCCUGGUCUCCUUUGUUCCACUCAAUGUCCAGGACAAGGAGAGUAUGCGACGGGUGAUGCAAGCAGUGGACAAAGCCAAUGGCUACUCCUUCGGAGACAUGGAGCAGAGAAGCCUUGAAGCCCUGAUGUCUGCAGCAGUGGGAGCUGAUUUCCACUUCACAUCCACACUUGCAGUCCAGGAGAAGUAUGUGCAGCCUCAGGAGAAAACCGUGGAACAAGAAGCAAUGGAAAUAUAGUGCUCCUGUAUCUUUCAGGAGGCUCGUAGUAGAAGGAGCUCCCUUCCCGUUUUAAAUGUGUCUCACCUCUUCCCAUCAGGAGGGAUCUUCUGUGUAGUGUGACUCGGACCUGGUACUUCCUGGGCAAAAGUCCAGCUGUUAGGUUCCCUCUUUGUAUGAAUGCAGUCCAGCAUCUGGAUCCUGCUGUGUAUGAGCUAUGUUUUUCUGGGUGACAAUGAGAUCAGGACCUCCAUAGUUGAGUGCAGGCCAAUUCAAGAUCUCCUUAAAGGAACCAGAGAGAAUCUUCACCUGAUCCAGGACAUCAGCAGCAGAAGAAAAUAACCUCUUUGUAGAGCAGACAAGAUGUAGGCGCCCACUAUUGCCAAGUCUCUCCCUCACCACCAUGACCAAGGCCAUGUCUCAAGUGAAAGACAAAUCAGCAUUUAUUGCAGUGAAUGAAUGGAGCUCCUUCUUGUGGUAUGAGUUCUCCAUGUAUUGAAUGGGACCUCAGUGCAUUCUCACAGUGAGGAGUAUCCAGUCCUUGGAGAGACAACCACCUGUCCAUUCAUCCCUGGGAGGGGGGAGAGGUGUGAGGGUUUUUUGUUUGUUUGUUUUUAAUUAUCAGCUCUUUCUUUACAAAAACACUUCUCUGCCCCUUAGUUUCACCCUGUACUUCUGAGUUUGCUACGAACUCCGCUGAAGUGGAGUAAAUAAAAUAAAAUGCAACAGUGCUGCAAAGGA